UUCUGAGAAGAUAAUGUACCAUGAAUUUGCCUCAAUUGCAUGAGUUUUUUUUUUUAUAGUUUUUGUUGCCUAUGCUUCUGGGUUAUACACAACUGAGGGAGGUUUAUGCAGGGUUUUGGUCAACAGAUAGGGAUUCUCUCUGGUGGCCUGAACACUUCUCUUUGUAGCAUUUUGUUACCAAGUUUCUGAUGAUGCAAGCGGUGGAAUAUGGUUUGUGAAUAUUUGAAAUUUUACUCUGUUUCAUGUGGAAUGCUGUUUUCCAUCCGUGGAAGAAUAUGGGCAAGGUGCCUCUCUCUGUGAUCUUCAGGGACACAAGGAAUGUUUUUAAGAAGGAUGAGCUCGGUCUUGAGAUAGCACAGAUUGCAUUCCCGGCAGCAUUGGCUUUAACAGCAGACCCUAUUGCUUCUCUAAUUGACACAGCAUUCAUCGGUCAUAUAGGUGCCGUGGAGCUGGCUGCUGUAGGAGUCUCCAUUGCUGUGUUUAAUCAAGUAUCGAGAAUUGCCAUUUUCCCCCUUGUCAGUAUUACAACUUCUUUUGUUGCGGAGGAAGAUACUGUUGGAAGACGGACAAAUGAAAAUUUGGAAAAGGGUUUAGCUAUAGACAAUGAAAUGGAAGAGUUGAUACCGCAUAUUGAUUCUAUGCACAAUUCACCGUCCAGAACUGUAAAUAAUACAAAAUACAUGGAAUUUGAGCAUGAGAGAAGGCAUAUAUCAUCAGCUUCAUCAGCAUUAGUGAUUGGUGGUGUGCUUGGCCUCAUCCAAGCUCUGUUCCUUAUUUUUAGUGCAAAAUCGAUUCUCAACUUCAUGGGUGUAAUUUCUGGUUCUCCAAUGCUAGCACCAGCAAUGCAGUACUUGACAUUGAGGUCACUUGGAGCUCCUGCUGUUCUUCUCUCUUUGGCCAUGCAAGGGGUGUUUCGAGGAUUUAAAGAUACAAAAACUCCUCUAUAUGCUACCAUACUGGGAGAUGUGGCGAACAUCAUUUUAGAUCCGAUCUUGAUGUUUGUAUUUCACUUAGGUGUUAGUGGUGCAGCCAUUGCCCAUGUAAUUUCUCAGUACCUAAUCUCAGUGAUACUCUUGUGGCGAUUGAUGAGAAAAGUUGAUCUCCUGCCUCCAAGCAUCAAAGAUCUACAACUUGGUCGCUUUCUUAGAAAUGGAUCCCUGCUAUUAGUGAGGGUAAUAGCUGUGACAUUCUGUGUGACACUGGCCGCAUCUUUGGCUGCCAGGCUGGGAUCAACCUCCAUGGCUGCAUUCCAGGUUUGUUUGCAGAUCUGGCUGGCAACCUCUUUGCUUGCUGAUGGGUUGGCUGUCGCUGGACAAGCAAUCCUUGCAAGUGCAUUUGCCAAAAAGGAUUAUGACAAGGCAACUGCUACUGCUUCUCGUGUACUGCAGUUGGGUUUGGUUUUGGGCUUGGUGCUUUCUGUCUUCCUUCUAGUUGUGUUACAGUAUGCAUCAAGAGUAUUUACCAAAGACGUCAAUGUUUUGCAGCUAAUGAAUCUAGGCAUUCCGUUUGUUGCUGUGACUCAACCCAUCAAUGCUUUAGCUUUUGUAUUUGAUGGAGUCAACUUUGGAGCUUCCGAUUUUGCAUAUUCUGCCUGCUCUAUGGUUUUGGUAGCAUUAGUGAGCAUUCUGUGCUUGUUUAUUCUAUCCUCAAGUCUCGGUUUCAUCGGUAUUUGGAUUGCUCUAUCCAUCUACAUGAGUUUGCGCACAAUGUCCGGCUUUUGGAGGAUAUGGACUGGCUCCGGACCUUGGAGCUUCCUCAGGGCCUGAGAGCUUGAUUACAGAUUUCUCUAUUUUCUUGACGCUUUAUUUAACCAUGUCACACUUCAUAUUUUACUAUUCUUUUAAUUUGAUGAUGAUGUAAUGAGCUAAAACAGACUUCUCAUUGAUGAUUUGCUUUUGUAAUAAUACACAACUUAUUAAGGGCCUGUUUGUUAUAGCGUUUGACUUCUGCA